AUGAACCAAAGUGAUGGCGCAGAAAUUGAUAUAAAUUGUCCUGAAUGUGGCCGCAUAAGACCGUCUGGAUGGUGUAAUCCUUGUGAAUUCCGUUGGAUGAACUCAGCGUUCUUAAAAAGUGGAAAUAAAUAUAUUGACCUAUUAAUUUUGCAAACGCAAAAGAAUGCAACACGCACUUGUGAUUACUUGGAGUUUAUAGAUUUUGGCAAUAUUGAGGGGUUCGAAUAUGUCGCUAAGGGUGGUUUUGGCAGUGUGUAUGAAGGGUAUUGGAUGGAAGGGCCACGAUGGGUGUGGGACGAAGUUAGUGCUGCAUGGUGCCGCAAUGGUCCGACCAAAGUAGCUCUUAAAAAACUUGAUGAUUCGCAAGAACCCUCUAUGACCUUUUUUAAGCAGCUUGAAACAUAUCAUCGUUGCCUACAAAGUGGUUCUAUGGCAGACUGUUUCGGAAUAACGAGGGAUGAAACUGGCUGCUUCAUGUUUGUUAUGCGAUACUAUGAAAACGGUAAUCUUUAUGAUUACCUUGACAGUAACAAAGGAAUAAUUAGCUGGAGAGAUAUGGUUGACAUGCUUUGGGGAAUUGCUGGUGGUCUUGAAAGAAUUCAUUCUGAAGGCCUUUUUCAUUCAAAUUUACAUGGUGGAAAUCUCCUUAUUGAGGAUGAUACAAUAUCUACCGAUGCAAAAAUCGCCGAUGUUGGACUCAAUGGACCUGCAUACCAAUCGAUCUCUUCUGAUAAAAUAAUUGGGGUCUUGCCUUUUAUCGACCCUCAGUUGACUUAUGAAAUUUGUUACGAGAAUUUGCGUCCUGAGAUAAAAUUGGGAAAUUGGAUUCAUGCAAUUUGUGAUGAUCCCAAUCCUUCUGAAAUUUCAAAUAAUUUUGGCUUAGCUGAAGAGAAAAGAUGGAAAACAAUAAAAAGGGAAAUUGAUAACAAAAAAUUAUCUAAAGAUUUGAUUCAUGAAGAUGCAAUAUAUACUAGUCGUAUUUUUGAUUUUUCUAUAUUACAAAAUUAA